UGAGGGAAGCGGAGCGGGGCGCCGAGCGGAGCAGGUCGGGAAGUUGGGAGAAAGUUUGGAGAAGGGGGAGGGGCGGCGGGCGCGGAGCCCGGGGACCGCCCAGACCUGCACGGUGGCGUUGCGCCCUGGCCCGGACCGCGCGUGUCGGGGCCGGGGCCCAGGGACCCCCGGGGCAGGUCCGAGCCCGGCAGACACCGGGGAGCAGAGAAAAACACCCAGCAGCGUGGAGGGCCGCACACUCGAAGCCCUGUGGAAUCUUCUUGCGGACUUUGGAUUCUUCUCUUGCAUUCGCCCACCACUCCCUAGUUGGCGCAGGGGACCGUGUUUUGGGAAACUUUUGAGGAUGGAGGGUGGCCCAGCGGGCCCCAAGGCAGCGAUCUCAGCUUAGAUGACCCUGGAGCGAACGUUUACACAAUCAUUCAACAAACAUUAAGUACUGAGGACCUACAGUGCGCACAACCUAGCGCUGAAAAAUGUGCGGAGGGAGAAGGGCACCCGGGUUGAGAUGCGGCGGAGUCUAGAAAAUUGAGAAAGAAAGGGUAUAUAGAAGGUAGUUGGGUCCGAGUGAGAGACUGGUCCGGACGGAUUCCCACAUCAUGGUCCUCACUCUCCCUGUCGCGUCUAGGAGGGCUCCGCGACACUCUCAGCCCUGACCCCUGAGGCUCGGGCCGGGGCUGCUGCUGUCUUUCCUGAGGCUGUUUCCUGUCUGGCUCCUGGGGGCCCUCGGCAUGGCUGGGAGGGCCCUUCCUCUCGUUGCCAUCCACUCCCCCCCCCCCAAUCUCAUCAGUUAAAGGGGAGGGUCCAGGAAAGCAGCUCCUCCCACAAACCGGUUCUGGGCACAGAUAUUGUGGGUCAUGCGGGGGAUGGAGAAGAUACCGCGGGAGUCGGGCAGUGGAAGAGCUGGGAGGAAAGAGCUUAGACUCAGAAGGUAUUGAAGGGGGAUAGAGUCUAGAGGAGCUGAGGAGCCAAGAGAGAGGGAAAGAGGAGUCCUUGAUGCUUGGGGGGCUGCCAAGCCUCUCUAACCCACAGAGAGGACAGCCAGGCCCGCAAUGACCUCUUGCCCCAGUGCACUUAUCUUUGCUGCCACAAGUGGUGCUCCCCACACCCCUGCCCUUCCUCAUAGCCCUGCCUGGGUCCUGCUCCGGGGUGGGGGGUCAUGGAGGGCAGGAAACAGCCGGCUUGGCUGGAGCCAGGCAGACCGGGCCAGGGCUGGGAAUUCUCUCCUCCCUCCCCGAUCCAAGCCCAGUCUUCCUUCUUAUUCAGCUUCUCCUUCAGGUUAUCCAUCUCCUCCUGACACACCUUUCCCUGCUCUCACUCUGCACUUAUUCUCUAGUCUCAAACAGUUAUGUUUCUGUCUCAUCCUAGGCCCUGCCCUCAACCUCACUCAGGCCGUUGGUUGCUUGAAUUGAUGCGGGAUGCAGUUCAUCAUCAUGGCGGGGGUGGGGAUGCAUGGCCUGAAUGGAAGAGAAACACAGGUGCACAGAGAAAUGAGGCUGGAUGGAGUGAGGGGCUGAUGAGACAGAGGGGUGAAGAGAUGAAACAGCUCACCACAGAUUCAAACCCUGUAUUUCUGACCCCUGAGUAGCAGGACUCCCUCAGCUAGAGGGAGCAGAGCACCACAGGGUUCGUGGUGGGUCAUGCUGGGCUGCUGCAGGCUCUGGCCAUGCUCCUGGUUGCCUACUUCAUCCUGGCACUCACCGUCCUCUCCGUCUGUGCCAUCGCCACCAAUGGAGCUGUGCGAGGGGGCGGAGCCUACUUCAUGAUCAGUCGGACCCUGGGGCCCGAGGUCGGGGGCAGCAUCGGCCUCAUGUUCUACCUGGCUAACGUCUGUGGCUGUGCCGUCUCUCUGCUGGGGCUGGUGGAGGCCAUACUUGAUGUCUUCGGGGCUGAUGCCACGGGGCCCAGUGGGCUCCGGGUCCUACCCCAGGGCUACGGCUGGAACCUGCUCUAUGGCUCCCUCCUGCUGGGCCUGGUGGGUGGAGUCUGCACGCUGGGGGCCGGCCUCUACGCCCGUGCCUCCUUCCUCACAUUCCUCCUGGUCUCCGGUUCCCUGGCCUCUGUGCUGGUCAGCUUUGUAGCUGUGGGGCCCAGGGACAUCCCCUUGACCCCUCGGCCUGGCCCCAACGGCUCCUCCCUGCCGUCCCAGGUUGGCCACUUCACCAGCUUCAACAGCAGCACCCUGAAGGCCAAUCUGGGUGCUGGCUACGCCAAGGACUACACCACGGGGGCCAUGAUGACCUUUGCCAGCGUCUUUGCCGUCCUUUUUAACGGCUGCACGGGCAUCAUGGCUGGGGCCAACAUGUCAGGGGAGCUGAAGGACCCCAGCCGCGCCAUUCCUCUGGGCACCAUUGUUGCUGUUGCCUAUACUUUCUUCAUCUACAUUCUGCUUUUCUUCCUCUCCAGCUUCACCUGUGACAGGUGCCUGGGGAGGGGGAUCCUGCUUCAGGAGGACUACGGGUUCUUCCGCGCCAUCAGCCUGUGGCCCCCGCUGGUGCUGAUCGGUAUCUACGCCACGUCGCUCUCAGCCUCCAUGAGCUCCCUCAUCGGCGCCUCCCGCAUCCUCCACGCCCUGGCCCAGGACGACCUCUUCGGAGUGAUCCUGGCGCCGGCCAAGGUCGUAUCCCGAGGGGGGAACCCCUGGGGGGCUGUGAUCUAUUCCUGGGGCCUAGCGCAGCUGAUGCUUCUGGCUGGGAAGCUGAACACACUGGCUGCUGUGGUCACUGUCUUCUACUUGGUGGCCUAUGCUGCCGUGGACCUGUCCUGCCUGAGCCUGGAGUGGGCCUCGGCCCCCAACUUCCGCCCCACCUUCAGCCUCUUCUCCUGGCACACCUGCCUGCUGGGGGUGGCCUCCUGCCUGCUCAUGAUGUUCCUCAUCAGCCCCGGGGCCGCCGGCGGCUCCCUGCUUCUCAUGGGCCUGCUUUGUGCCCUGCUCACCGCUCGAGGAGGCCCCAGCAGCUGGGGCUACGUCAGCCAGGCCCUGCUUUUCCACCAGGUGCGGAAAUACCUGCUCCGGCUGGACGUCCGGAAGGACCACGUGAAGUUCUGGCGGCCACAGCUGCUGCUGCUGGUGGGGAACCCCCGGGGCGCGCUGCCUCUGCUGCGGUUGGCCAACCAGCUCAAGAAAGGGGGCCUCUAUGUUCUGGGCCACGUCACCCUGGGAGACCUCGACUCCCUGCCCUCGGACCCCGUGCAGCCACAGUAUGGGGCGUGGCUGAGCCUGGUGGACCGGGCCCAAGUGAAGGCCUUUGUGGACCUCACCCUCUCGCCCUCCGUGCGCCAGGGGGCUCAGCACCUGCUGCGGAUCUCAGGUCUUGGUGGCAUGAAGCCCAACACACUGGUCCUGGGUUUCUACGAUGACGCUGCACCACAGGACCACUUCCUUUCAGACCCAGCUUUCUCUGAGCCUGUGGAUGGCACCCAGGAGGGUGGGUCCCCGGCCCUAAGCACCCUGUUCCCUCCACCCCGGGCUCCUGGGAGCCCCCGGGCUCUCAGUCCCCAGGAUUACGUGGCCACAGUGGCAGACGCCCUGAAGAUGAACAAGAAUGUGGUUCUGGCCCGGGACUGUGGGGCUCUGCCCCCUGAGCGGCUGAGCCGGGGAUCCGGGGGCACCCCUCAGCCACAUCACGUGGACGUGUGGCCCCUCAACCUGCUGCGGCCUCGGGGCGGGCCCGGCUACGUGGACGUCUGUGGCCUCUUCCUGCUGCAGAUGGCAACCAUCUUGGGCAUGGUGCCUGCUUGGCACAGUGCCCGCCUCCGGAUCUUCUUGUGCCUGGGGCCUCUCGAGGCCCCAGGGGCGGCCGAGGGGCGGCUGCGGGCACUGCUGAGCCAGCUGAGGAUCCGGGCUGAGGUGCAGGAGGUGGUGUGGGGCGAGGGGGCUGCAUCCCAGGAGCCUGAGGAGGAGGAGGAAGGGGACUUCGUGAAUGGCAGGCGGGGAGACGCCGAGGCAGAGGCCCUGGCUUGCAGCGCCAACGCCCUGGUUCGGGCCCAGCAGGGGCGUGGCAGGGGAGGAGGGCCUGGUGGGCCUGAGGGUGGGGAUGGCAAGGAGGGGCCCGCCACCGCCCUCACCUUCCUGUACUUGCCUCGGCCACCUGCUGACCCUGCCCGCUACCCUGGCUACCUGGCGCUACUGGAAAUCCUGAGCCGCGACCUGGGCCCCACGCUGCUCAUUCAUGGUGUCACUCCUGUCACUUGCACUGAUCUCUGAGGCCCAUUCUAAGUAGAGCACCCAGGUUGGGUGGCCCACCUUGAUUACGGGGUGGGGAGGGGAAGGGCCGCCUCCCACUCGCUUGGCGCAUGGGCCUCAGACGCCGGUGGAGGUAUUAGGGGAUCCUGGUCUCCGGCAUCUCUCGGUCUCCGGGAGAGGGGCCCUGGUGCACUAACUAACGCAGGGCAGCUGUCCCUGCCACCACGGGGGAGGGAGUCGGCAGCCCUCCCCGCUGGCCUCUCUCCCCUCACCCGUGCCUUGACCUGGGCUGGGUCUCCGCUUGUGACUCUAGGCUACCUCAGUCUCCCCCCCCCCCCCCGCCCCCCAACAGCCUCCCUGACCCCUGAGGUUGUGGUGUUUUUGUUCUGUUUUAUUUUUCUAACUGCUGAACGUGAAUAAAAGAUCA